AUGUCCCAGUAUUCCACGUUGCAGUCCCUUGUCCUGUAUGAUAUCGUCUCUGAACUACCAGGCUAUUACUGGUCACCUAACCCCGCGAAGCCGAGGUUCAUUAUGAGCUACAAGGGUCUUCCAUUUGUGACCAUCUGGGUCGAAUACAAAGACAUCUCUAUCGCUAUGAAGUCUAUCGGCGCAAAGCCUAACAAGGACAAACGCGUAGACGGCACGGACGUCUACAGUAUCCCCGUCCUCAGCGACCCCAAUACCGGCGCCAUCAUCACCGACUCCCUCGAAAUCGCGUCCUACCUUGAAAAGACAUAUCCCGAGAAAUCUGUCUUCGCAAACAAAUCAGAAGCUCAGAUCCGUGCGUUCGACGCUACUCAUACCAGCCUCAACCUACCUUCCAUUGCGACCAUCUUCCUACGCUCCACGGAAAUAAUGGGUGCCUCCAGUGUCAAGUUCUUCGUUAGAGUUCGUUCGAUGGAUCAUGUCCCGCUGCCUUGGGAGGCGAGAUAUGACGCGGACUGGGAGUCACUAGAGAAGGCGCACAAUACCAUGUAUGAAUGGUACCAGAAGAGUAACGGGAAGUGGAUCAUGGGCGAUUUUUCGUACGCUGACAUCAUUGUUGCUUGUCGUGUGUUGUGGUACAAACGAGUGCUGAAGGAGGAUGAGUGGGCCAAGAUCAGUGCUUGGCAUGGGGGGAAAUGGGUUCAAGUCCUUGCAGAUGUCGAGAAGGAGUGUAACCUGGCUUAGAAGAGUUGCAAGCACUGUACAAUUGGAUGUGAAGAGAUUUUUGUAACAAUGUAACAAUAUGUUUUGGUUCGUUUGACAUUGGUUCGACAGAUAAAUUGACCCAAGCUGCCAUGGAUCGUGGUUACGGAGCGUGCAUCACAACAAUGCCUGAAUUGGGUUCACGGCCUAGAGUGGGCCU